GUCAUUCCUAGAGGGGCGGCGCGCUGAACAGGAGGUGUUUUCCAGCUUUAAAGGGGAUGGAGCCAGCCCCUUCUGACAAGCCCUGUGUCACAGCUACCGGGACUCUCUGGAAAUCUUAAUUAGGCUUAAGCACAACGAAACGACAGCAAAACUCAUCUAACCAUCAGACCAACCCCGAGUGUGUGAGAAGUGCUGUGAAGAUAAGCCGAUCGCAUACUCUACUCUCUUUUCCAUUUCAGUUUCUAUUGGAGUGCUGUCACAUGGAUGAAAGUGUUUGAAUGAAUCUCAAAUCAGCAUUCGAGUUUACUUUCUUUAUUGACAAAUAAUGCGUUUCUUUUUCUUUUGAUUAAUGCACACUUCUACAGUCUAAAAUAGUUCGUUCUUUUUCGCAGUUCUCAUAUGGUACUGCCUGUGAUAUUAUUGCCAACCUUCACAACCACAAAAGUAGACCAAUCGCUAGUUGAAUGCAGGAUACCAGCUGUUUGAGACUCAGCUCCAAAUUCAACUUUGGUCCAGUCCUCCCAGCGGCUUUGGGAAAGGAAAGAGGAUUGCAGUUUCUCACCUCUCUCGCUACCGAGAUGAAGUCUGCAGAAGAAGAUGCAUAUAGCUACACUCCAAACGUCAGCCUGUCCCUGCCACUGGGCAUGGGAAACCCCUGUCUGGCCACCCAGUACCACACGAUGCAGUCCAGCCCCAUUAUCUCUGUGUCCUCCUGCCACCAGACAGGCUACGGUCUCCACGAUCACAACAACCACAACCCAGUCCAGGGCUACUACAUGUCCCACGGCCUGAGGCCUAACGGGGCUCCGGCCCUGGAGAGUCCUCGCAUCGAGAUCACAGCCUACCACCAGUACCCUGAGGAGGAGGUGGAGGAGAGCAGCACCAUGGACCACAUCGUCCACCACAAGCGGGGGGUCAACUCCAUUGUGACCCUGACGCUGCCAAAUGCCGAUGGCUACCGCGACCCCAGUUGCCUCAGCCCGGCCAGCAGCGUGUCAUCACGUAGCUGCAACUCGGAUGCGUCGUCCUACGAGUCCGGCUUUUACAACUAUGACAACUCACCCCAGAACUCGCCAUGGCAGUCUCCUUGCGUCUCUCCGAAAGGCUCGUCCUCUCUCCUCUCCUGCCCACACGCUCCUCUCGGCCCCCCCUCGACCUCCCCCCGCCACUCGCCAUCCACCUCCCCCCAGAUCGGGGCCCAAGCCGAGGAGGGCUGGGCGGGGCAGGGGCCCUGUGGAAGCUCCAGGCCCAACUCCCCGGCUUGCAGUGGAGGAGGUGGCGGCGUUGGCGUGGGGAAGAGGAAAUACAGCUUCAACAGCACUACCUACAGACAGCCAACCUACUCGCCCAACCAGUCGUCCACGCCUUCCCCGCGCGGCUCGCCCAGGGUCAGCGUCACAGACGACAGCUGGCUGGCCAACACCAACCAGUACACCAACUCUGCCAUCGUGGCGGCCAUCAACGCCCUCACCACCGACGGAGUGGUCGACAUGGGCGAGGGCAUCCCCGUCAAGGCCCGCAAAACCAACCUAGACCACAGCCCCACGAUGAGCCUGAAGAGGGAGCCGGGAGGAGAGGAGAUGGGCCCUGGGAGCGAGCUCCUCCAGGAGGACUACAUCUCCCGCCUGCCUUUCAAGAAGGAGAGCUACUGUGGGGGCUUCCUAGACGUGCCCCAGCAAUCCUACUCCUGGUCCAAGCCAAAGCCCUACCUCAGCUCCCUGCCCGCCCUGGAUUGGCAGCUGCCGUCUUGCUCUGGCCCGUACAGUCUGCAGAUCGAGGUGCAGCCCAAGUCCCACCACCGUGCCCACUACGAGACAGAGGGCAGCCGCGGGGCAGUCAAAGCUCCGUCCGGAGGUCAUCCGGUCGUGCAGCUCUACGGUUACAUGGAGAGCGAGCCCCUUACCCUGCAGCUGUUCAUCGGGACCGCAGACGACCGCCUCCUGCGACCGCACGCCUUCUACCAGGUCCACCGCAUCACGGGCAAGACUGUCUCUACCGCCAGCCACGAGGCCCUGCAGUCCAACACCAAGGUGCUGGAGAUCCCUCUGCUGCCCGAGAACAACAUGCGAGCCAUCAUUGACUGUGCAGGGAUUCUGAAGCUGCGGAACUCUGACAUCGAGCUGCGUAAGGGCGAGACGGACAUCGGGCGCAAAAACACGCGCGUGAGGAUGGUGUUCCGUGUGCACAUCAACCAGCCCAAUGGCAGGACCAUCUCCCUACAGGCCUCCUCCAACCCCAUCGAGUGCUCCCAGCGCUCGGCACAGGAGCUGCCCCUGAUAGAGAAGCAGAGCCUGGACAGCUACCCCGCCACGGGGGGAAAGAAGAUCCUCCUGAACGGACACAACUUUCUGCCAGACUCCAAAGUGGUGUUCGUGGAGAAGGCCCAAGAUGGACACCACCUAUGGGAGACAGAAGCCAAAGUUGACAAGGACUCCUUCAAGUCUACGGUGCUGGUGGUGGAGAUCCCACCCUACAGGAACCAGAGAAUAUCCAGCCCAGUGCAGGUCAACUUCUACGUCUGCAAUGGCAAGAGAAAGAGGAGCCAAUACCAGCGCUUCACCUACCUCUCCCCAAACGUCCCGAUAAUAAAGACAGAACCGAAUGAUGAAUAUGAGCCUCUGGGGGCUCAUUCCAAGCCUUACUAUGGCCAACCCAGGCUCACUCCUAUCAUACCUGUGGGGGACGCUGACACCUGCCUGGUCGGGGUUUAUCCUCCCUGCCCGCCUUGCCAUGGCAGCAUUGGCAGCAUGCCCGCCUCCUCCCCCAGUUCCAGCCCAACACUGCACGACCUGUCCCCCGUGGCUUACCCCAAGUGCCUCUCCACCAGCCCUACGCAUGCCCACAACGGUCUCUUGGCGUCCGCCAUCCAGGAGACGCCAGGGCAGUGCCCAGCACCGCUGGUCUGCCCUUCCUCACCCGACCACGCUCCACUGGGCAUGCUCCACUCCCAGGGCAGCAGCCCGCAUCACCUUGGUAGCCCCGGUCCCCAUGGCUACCACCCGCUCUACCCCAACAGCAGCCCCUCCACCUCCCCUGGGUCGCUCCCCUCCACUCCAGGGGGGGCAGCAGAGAGCCCGUUCGCCCAGGCACCACCUUACAGCCCUACCCAGGGACAGAGCCAGACCGAGGCCAGGAUCAGCCCUCCCAGCCUGCUGCCGGUAGAUGCCAGCCCCCCCUCCCUAGCCGUCACCGUCAAGCGGGAACCCCAGGAUCUGGACCAGAUGUACCUGGACGAUGUCAAUGAGAUCAUCCGAAACGACCUGUCCAGCAUCUCAGUGCAUCUCAGUACAUAAACUCUCUGCAGAUACAAAAAGGGACAGAGGCAAAAGGACCCCAAACCAAAGCUCCUAUAUCCACAUGAGGAUCCCCUUAACAGAGAGCUUUCACAUUACCACUUCCUCAUUGCUACAUUUCCCAGAUGCCUGAUUCGCUUGCCCCUCAUGACGCUGCAGAACGAUUGGCCGACUGGUGGUCAUUGACAGGAAACUGCAAAGCUCCAUAUGAACGAAUGUUAUAAUAUAAUGUGAGACGGCCUUAGAUAUAAUGGGAGGGACUGUGACAAUUAAUACACUUGCCUUAAAUGACAACUUUUGCUCUUCCAUGGACCAAACAGCUCAGUAAGACUGAAUACUCGUUUCUUUACUGAUGGCCUCUUCUUUAUGUGUGUUGGACUCUAAUAUACGGACAAGCCAAUGGGUGUAUCAUAUGUUGGUCAGAGCGUCCUGGCAAACCACAGCAACCCAAGCGGUGCCUUACAACAUCACUCACUGACUAGAAUGCAAUGUCACUUCGAUCACUUCAAUCAUUCGUUUACAGGGAAACAAAAAAUGGCUGAAAAAUAUGUAGGGACAUGUGUAUAGGUUAGAUUUGUGUAUCUGUUUUUUUUUUAUUAUGUCCUCGUCCAUUUAUACUGAAUGUUGUGUAUGAUAUUCUUUGUAUAAACAUGUAUUUGAAAUGUACUUUGUGUAUGCCUUAAAUCUUUAGCUCAUCGUUUUUUUUCAAUGUCUUCCUUUUUUCUGAUGAUCCAAUGUGUACCACCUCGUUGCUAGCAUCUGUCUUGACACCUAGUGCCUCUUCUUUCCUUCUGCUCUGGCCUCCCUCUUCCCUUCUUUCUAAAAUAUUCAGAAAUGCUUAGACAAUCAGGAGAGAGCCUACUGUACAUAUUGUAGGAGAACAACUGGGUUUGCAUGUACAUACCAUAUGAUGAUAAGGACUAGCUAAGACAUAAUCGUAUUUCCCUUGCCUGUAUAGUAAAGCUAGAGAAGGAUGGAGGCUUCUGCUUGGCAAUAAUUGAUUUCUUCAUAUCAAAGGCUUUUACCUUGUAAAUUAUUGUUCAAGCUUCUUCUUUACUAUUAGAGACAGUGGCUCAGUAGGCUUCAAUCAGUAUGUAAUGCACUUUACCAUAGUAGCAGCACAGGUUUAUCUUCCAUCAUGACCAAAUGUUAUAGGAUCUAGUUUCCUAUACUUAGUAUGAUAGGCCAGACAGCCCUUACUGAGCCACGGAGUCUCUUCUUAUAAAGGUUGACAGAUCUGCAAUCUUUUUCUAUGUCGUCAAGUACAAUGUCUUUCUUCAGCAUGCGGAGAAUACUAAUGAUAUAUAUGAUUUAGCUUUACUACACCAUUAAAUGGCUUCAUGAAUACAUGUGGACUAUAUGAUAGCAUGGCUCUAUGUAACAGAUUGAUGUAUUGUGCCUUAUUCUCCAUUGUCUCUCUGCUACAACAUGAUUGUAACUCUUAAUCAUUUUCUAUCCAGGCACAAAGGUUAAAUAUAUUUCCUCUUUAAUAUGAAAUAUUUAUGGAAAUUCAAAUGGUGUUUUAUGUACACUCAAUGUGUUCUAUAAAAAAAAGGAAUUAAUAAAUGACAUAAUAUUGACAAUA